AUGAUCGAUCCUCCCAUUCAAGUGAUCCCCGCCCGCCGGGGUGCUGCGACCCUCGUCCGCCGCCGCCAACGCAUCAAGAUCAUCAACACAUCCGGUACACAAGUCGUCGACACGUGGGCCUUCGCUCUACCCACCGCCGCGUCCGACUCCAAUUCCAACCCAGACGCGCCGCUCUUCCCCGCCGCCACCGCCUCAUCACUUACCUCAUACAGCUCCCCGGCCAACAUCGCCGCCAGCGUGUCCGAAUAUGCAUCCAUGAGCCACACGCGCGCCAGCCUCUGCAAGACGCAUCCGGGCGUUGGCGACGUCCUGCGCAGCCAGAAGCGCGCCCCCAUGAUGACCAUUGUUGAAGAUACGUCGCCCGGCGUGCAUGACACGCUGAUCGCGGCGUGCGACCGUUGGCGCUUCGCCGAACUUGGCGUCGAGGGGUACCACGAGUCUUGCACGGACAACUGCUGGGAUGCGCUGGACGCGCUGCUGUCCACAUCAUCAUCGCUGCCCGAGGCUGGCAGCGGGCUGGGAUUGAAUCCGGAGCAGAGGGAUGGAUUAAGGCAGCUACAGGCGAGGUUGGGAGGAAGGGUACCGGAUCCAUUCAACCUAUUCAUGAACAUCCCAACAGUGGGGACUGCGUACGUGAAGGACUUGAGCUUCGAGCAUCCUGUGACGAAGCCGGGGGACUAUGUUGUGCUUAGGGCCGAGAGGGAUGUGGUCGUGGUGAUGAGUGCGUGCCCGCAGGAUGUGCUGGAUAUCAAUGCAAAGAUGCCGAGUGAUGCGCAUUUUCAGGUGUUGGAUGACUGA